AUGGCCUGCUUAAAAAGCAUACUCUCUGAAAAGACAGCCUUAAAGGGAAAUGAAACUGUGGUUCUGACUGAGGAGUGCAGUGUAUUAGUGCAGAAGAAGCUGCCUCUGAAACUGCUGGACCCCGGAAGCUUCCUGAUUCUCUGUACCAUAGGGACCAACACAUUUGAGAAGGUAUUGUGCGACCUUGGAUCAAGCAUAAAUCUGAUGCCUCUUUCUAUGAUGAUGAAGCUGGGGAUACAAGAGGCGCAGCCUACAAGAGUCUCACUGGAGAUGGCGGACAAGUCCCUGGAAAGGGCAUAUGGAGUGGUGGAGAAUGUCUUAGUAAAGGUUAAAGGCCUUUACCUCCUUGCAGACUACAAAGGUGGUACUAGCAUGCAGAGCUCAGUGGUCAAACCUUCUCACUCGGUGAAAAGCCAUACAGUAACCCCUGACAUCAAACCUAAUUUUGGUGUUGGGCAUUCACUGACCACUAAUGAUGGAGGAGGCCCCAAGAAGAAAGUACCCAAAGACUUGAGGAAGAAAAAGAUUCCUACGUACUGA